AUGAUUGUAAAUAAUCAAAAUAAAGCUUCUAAUGACUUGGGUUUUUAUGUUAAGCUUGAAAACUUAAGAUCAGUUUAUCAAUGGGUUGUGCAACUUAAAAAUUUUGAUCCAAGUAUUCCAUUAGCUCAAGAUAUGGCAGCACAUAAUGUUACCAGUAUUGAUCUAGAAGUUAGAUUUUCUCCUGAUUUCCCCGCUUUACCACCAUAUAUUCGUGUAAUAAGACCAAGAUUACUAAGAUUUCUUAAUGGUGGAGGUGCAGGAGGAUCUAUUUGUAUAGAGAUUUUAACAUUGGGCAAUAGGAAUGAUAAAGGGUGGUCGUCCGAGUUCACUAUAGAAUCAGUUUUAUUACAAGUUAAAUUGGCAUUAAGUGAUUUAAGUCCACCUGCAAGACUUGACAAGAAUUGGAGAAUUGAAUACAGUCCAAGAGAAGCCAUGGACGCAUAUAUUAGGGUAGCAAGACAACAUGGUUGGGCUAUUCCACCUCAAUGGUCAACUUUAUUUAGACAUUAA